CUCCUUAGCCCAACUUGCUUUCCCGCCUCACAAACUCCGGUUUCCCUCCACUCCCAGCUCUUUUCACUCCACGUUUCCCCUCCUCUAUCUCCCACGCCACGAACUCCAAUCCCCCAGCUCCUUUCUCCUGCCCUCCCCCUUUCCCUCUCCUCCCUUCAACUCUUCAUCCGCUUUCACCUCAGACUCUGCGCGCACCCAAUUCAGUCGACCACUCCGUUCGGGUCCUCGAAGCCAUGGCGGGACCUGGGGGCUGGAGGGACAGGGAGGUCACGGAUCUGGGCCAUUUGCCGGAUCCAACUGGAAUAUUCUCACUAGAUAAAACCAUUGGCCUUGGUACUUAUGGCAAAAUCUAUUUGGGACUUCAUGAGAAGACUGGUGUGUUUACAGCUGUUAAAGUGAUGAACGCUCGUAAGACCCCUUUACCUGAAAUAGGAAGGCGAGUGAGAGUGAAUAAAUAUCAAAAAUCUGUUGGGUGGAGAUACAGCGAUGAGGAAGAGGAUCUCAGGACUGAACUCAACCUUCUGAGGAAGUACUCUUUCCACAAAAACAUUGUGUCCUUCUAUGGUGCAUUUUUCAAGCUGAGUCCCCCUGGUCAGAGGCACCAACUUUGGAUGGUGAUGGAGUUAUGUGCAGCAGGUUCGGUCACUGAUGUAGUGAGAAUGACCAGAAAUCAGAGUUUAAAAGAAGAUUGGAUUGCUUAUAUCUGCCGAGAAAUCCUUCAGGGCUUAGCUCACCUUCACGCACACCGAGUAAUUCACCGGGACAUCAAAGGUCAGAAUGUGCUGCUGACUCAUAAUGCUGAAGUAAAACUGGUUGAUUUUGGAGUGAGUGCCCAGGUGAGCAGAACUAAUGGAAGGAGGAAUAGCUUCAUUGGGACACCAUACUGGAUGGCACCUGAGGUGAUUGACUGUGAUGAGGACCCAAGACGCUCCUAUGAUUACAGAAGUGAUGUGUGGUCUGUGGGAAUUACUGCCAUUGAAAUGGCUGAAGGAGCCCCUCCUCUGUGUAACCUUCAACCCUUGGAAGCUCUCUUCGUCAUUUUGCGUGAAUCUGCUCCCACAGUCAAAUCCAGCGGAUGGUCCCGUAAGUUCCACAAUUUCAUGGAAAAGUGUACGAUAAAAAAUUUCCUGUUUCGUCCUACUUCUGCAAACAUGCUUCAUCACCCAUUUGUUCGGGAAAUAAAAAAUGAACGACAUGUUGUUGAGUCAUUAACGAGGCAUCUUACUGGAAUCAUUAAAAAAAGACAGAAAAAAGGAAUACCUUUGAUCUUUGAAAGAGAAGAAGCUAUUAAGGAACAGUACACCAUGAGAAGAUUCAGAGGACCCUCUUGCACUCAUGAGCUUCUGAGAUUGCCAACCAGCAGCAGAUGCAGACCACUUAGAGUCCUGCAUGGAGAACCCUCUCAGCCAAGGUGGCUUCCUGAUCGAGAAGAGCCACAGGUCCAGGCACUUCAGCAGCUACAGGGAGCAGCCAGGGUAUUCAUGCCACUGCAGGCCCUGGACAGUGCACCUAGGCCUCUAAAGGGGCAGGCUCAGGCACCUCAACGACUACAAGGGGCAGCUCGGGUGUUCAUGCCACUACAGGCUCAGGUGAAGGCUAAGGCCUCUAAACCUCUACAAAUGCAGAUUAAGGCACCUCCACGACUACGGAGGGCAGCCAGGGUGCUCAUGCCACUACAGGCACAGGUUAGGGCACCUAGGCUUUUGCAGGUACAGGCCCAGGUAUCCAAAAAGCUGCAGACCCAGACCCAGACAUCGGAACCACAAGAUCUGGACCAAGUACCAGAGGAAUUUCAGGGUCAAGAUCAGGUACCCGAACAACAAAGGCAGGGCCAGACCCCUGAACAACAGCAGAGGCACGACCAGGUGCCUGAACAAGAGCUGGAGCAGAACCAGGAACCUGAACAGCCAGAGGUACGGGAACAGGCUGCCGAGCCUGCACAGGCAGAGACUGAGGCAGAGGAACCUGAGUCAUUACGAGUAAAUGCCCAGGUAUUCCUGCCCCUGCUAUCACAGGAUCACCAUGUGCUGCUGCCACUACAUUUGGAUACUCAGGUGCUCAUUCCAGUAGAGGGUCAAACUGAAAGAUCACCUCAGGCACAGGCUUGGACACUAGAACCCCCACAGGCAAUUGGCUCAGUUCAAGCACUGAUAGAGGGACUAUCAAAAGACUUGCUUCGAGCACCAAACUCAAAUAACUCAAAGCCACUUGGUCCGUUGCAAACCCUGAUGGAAAAUCUGUCAUCAAAUAGGUUUUACUCACAACCAGAACAGGCACGGGAGAAAAAAUCUAAAGUUUCUACUCUGAGGCAAGCACUGGCAAAAAGACUAUCGCCAAAGAGGUUCAGGGCAAAGUCAUCACGGAGACCUGAAGAGCUUGAACUCUCAGAUUUAGAAGCCCGCAGGCGAAGGCGCCAACACAGAUGGGAAGAUAUCUUUAAUCAGCAUGAGGAAGAAUUGAGACAAGUUGAUAAAGACAAAGAAGAUGAAUCAUCAGACAAUGAUGAAGCAUUUCAUUCGAUUCAGGCUGAAGUCCAAAUGGAGCCAUUGCAGCCACACAUUUCAAAUCCUAAAAAAAUUGAGGUUCAAGAGAGAUCCCCUUCUGUGCCUAACAACCAGGAUCAUGCACAUCAUGUCGAAUUCUCUUCAAGCGUUCUUCAGCGGUCUCUUUUGGAACAAGCUCAGAAGCCCAUUGACAUCAGACAAAGGAGUUCGCAAAAUCGUCAGAAUUGGCUGGCAGUAUCAGAAUCUUCUUCUGAGGAAGAGAGACCUGUGACUGGAAGGAGGUCUCAGUCAUCACCGCCUUAUUCUACUAUUGAUCAGAAGUUGCUGGUUGACAUCCAUGUUCCAGAUGGAUUUAAAGUAGGAAAAAUAUCACCCCCUGUAUACUUGACAAACGAAUGGGUAGGCUAUAAUGCACUCUCUGAAAUCUUCCGGAAUGAUUGGUUAACUCCUGCACCUGUCGUUCAGCCACCUGAAGAGGAUGGUGAUUAUGUUGAACUCUAUGAUGCCGGUGCUGAUACUGAUGGUGAUGAUGAUGAUGAGUCUAAUGAUACUUAUGAAGAUACCUAUGAUCAUACCAAUGGCAAUGAUGACUUGGAUAACCAGGUUGAUCAGGCUAAUGAUGUUUGUAAAGACCAUGAUGAUGACAACAAUAAGUCUGUUGAUGAUGUAAAUAAUAGUUAUUAUGAGGCGCCUAGUUGUCCAAGGGCAAGCUAUGGCAGAGAUGGAAGCUGCAAGCAAGAUGGUUAUGAUGGAAGUCGUGGAAAAGAGGAAGCCUACAGAGGCUAUGGAAGCCAUAGAGCCAAUAGAAGCCAUGGAGGAAGUGCAGCCAGUGAGGACAAUGCAGCCAUUGGAGAUCAGGAAGAACAUGCAGCCAAUAUAGGCAGUGAAAGAAAAGGCAGUGGGGGUGAUGGAGAUAAGGGAGUCAUUCGAACCAGUGAAGAGAGUGGAGCCCUUGGACCCAAUGGAGAAGAAAAUUGCUCAGAGACAGAUGGUCCAGGAUUGAAGAGACCUGUGUCUCAGGACUUUGAAUAUCUACAGGAGGAGCCAGGUGGUGGAAAUGAGGCCUCAAAUGCCAUUGACUCAGGUGCUGCACUGUCAGCACCUGAUGAUGAGAGCGACAAUAAGGACAUAUCAGAAUCAUCAACACAAUCAGAUUUUUCUGUCAAUCACUCAUCUCCUUCCAAAGGUUUUGGGAGGUCUGCUGAUGCUAACUUUGCCAGUGCCAUCUUAUAUGCUGGAUUUGUAGAAGUACCUGAGGAAUCACCUAAGCAACCCUCUGAAGUCAAUGUUAACCCACGCUAUGUCUCUCCUUCAUGUAAAAAACCACUAAUCCACAUGUAUGAAAAGGAGUUCACUUCUGAGAUCUGCUGUGGUUCUUUGUGGGGAGUCAAUUUGCUGUUGGGAACCCGAUCUAAUCUAUAUCUGAUGGACAGAAGUGGAAAGGCUGACAUUACUAAACUUAUAAGACGAAGACCAUUCCGCCAGAUUCAAGUCUUAGAGCCACUCAAUUUGCUGAUUACCAUCUCAGGUCAUAAGAACAGACUUCGGGUGUAUCAUCUGACCUGGUUGAGGAACAAGAUUUUGAAUAAUGAUCCAGGAAGUAAAAGAAGGCAAGAAGAAAUGCUGAAGACAGAGGAAGCCUGCAAAGCUAUUGAUAAGUUAACAGGCUGUGAACACUUCAGUGUCCUCCAACAUGAAGAAACAACAUAUAUUGCAAUUGCUUUGAAAUCAUCAAUUCACCUUUAUGCAUGGGCACCGAAGUCCUUUGAUGAAAGCACUGCUAUUAAAGUGAUGUGCAUUGAUCAAUCAGCAGACUCUGAAGGAGACUACAUGUCCUAUCAAGCCUAUAUACGAAUACUGGCAAAAAUACAGGCAGCUGAUCCAGCGAACCGGUUUAAGAGACCAGAUGAGCUCCUUCAUUUGCUGAAGCUCAAGGUAUUUCCAACACUUGAUCAUAAGCCAGUGACAGUUGACCUGGCUAUUGGUUCUGAAAAAAGACUAAAGAUUUUCUUCAGCUCAGCAGAUGGAUAUCACAUCAUUGAUGCAGAAUCUGAGGUUAUGUCUGAUGUGACCCUGCCAAAUAAUCCCCUGGAAAUCAUUAUACCACAGAAUAUCAUCAUUUUACCUGAUUGCCUGGGAAUUGGCAUGAUGCUCACCUUCAACGCUGAAGCCCUCUCUGUGGAAGCAAAUGAACAACUCUUCAAGAAGAUCCUUGAAAUGUGGAAAGACAUACCAUCUUCUAUAGCUUUUGAGUGUACACAGCGAACCACAGGAUGGGGCCAAAAGGCCAUUGAAGUGCGCUCUUUGCAAUCCAGGGUUCUGGAAAGUGAGCUGAAGCGCAGGUCAAUUAAGAAGCUGAGAUUCCUAUGCACCCGGGGUGACAAGCUGUUCUUUACCUCUACCCUGCGCAAUCGCCACAGCCGGGUUUACUUCAUGACGCUUGGAAAACUUGAAGAGCUCCAGAGCAAUUAUGGUGUCUAAAAGUUUCCAGUGAUUUAUUACCACAUUAUAAACAUCAUGUAUAGGCAGUUUGCAUCUUCAGAUUUCAGAGAUUAAAUGAGCAUUCAGUUUUAUUUUUAGUAAAGAUUAAAUGCAAAACUUUUAAUGUAGCACAGAAUAGUUUUAAUGAGAAAUGAAACUUUAUGUAUAAAAUUAACUAUAGCAAGCUCUAUGUACUCCAAUGGUGUACAAUAACUUUUGCACAAACUUUGUAACUUUUGUUACUGUGAAUUCAAACAUUACUCUUUGGACAGUUUGGACAGUAUCUGUAUUCAGAUUUUACAACAUGGAGUAAAGAAACCUGUUAUGAAUUAGAUUACAAGCAGCCUUCAAAAUAAUUGGCACUGGGAUAAGAUUUUUCAGAAAAAGAAAAAUAUCGACAAACUGUAUGUGAUUUUUCCAAAGUUAUGUGAAUAACCAAAGGUUUAGUCAAGAAACAAAAAUCUUAAAGAUUGUUAUAACCCAGACUAAGGUUGAACAACCUGCAUGCCCAGAGAAAACUAUGGUGACAAAGGGGAAAAGGCCACCACCUUUUUUCUCACUGAUUCAUGACAAUUAAGCCUACAGUUAAAGACCAGUUUUGUUCUUUUCACCCAUUUUUGGCUGGUUUCUCUGGAUGAGAAGAAAGGAAGAAAGCCCCAGAUGCUUGGUUUUUCUCGGACCCCCAAAAGAUGUGCAAUAGCUGUUGUUACAAACCACCAAAUAAUACAGUUGUGAGCCUGAAUACAGGACUGAAUGCCUAUACACAUGUACUGUAGAAUGAAUAUUUUUUAAUACCUUAAGGUGGGCGUCAAAUUCUACUCCCCAAAGCAGAUAGAUUGAUUUAUCAAAAUUAUUAUCUGGCCAACAGUGUGGCUAUCAGACAGCAUCAAAUAUUUUCCCAAUCCAAGAUUAGACUACACAAAAGCUUCCUUCCAAUAUUAAACAAAAGGAAUUAAACAUAACAAUGAAAAAACUUUGCUAAU